AGGUGAUCACGUGCUGCCCCGCAACCGUGCACCCGAUUUUUUUUUCCCAGAGGGAAACCCAACCUUAUUAGAUCUUCUUGCCCGGUCCCGCCGCCUCUCGAAACUCUCAAAAAAACAUUAGCCCGCUCAUCAUUUCAACGACUAUUUUACGAACACCCCCGUAUUAUUCUCCGCGAUCUUGUCUCGAUACCAUCAAUCUUCCCCAUCUUCUGUUUACCUCACGUCAACAGAGGAUUCCACAAUGGCUGCCGAGACGCCUACCUUCAAGCUCGUCCUUGUCGGCGAUGGUGGUACUGGAAAGACCACCUUCGUCAAGCGACAUCUGACGGGUGAAUUCGAGAAGAAGUAUAUGGCCACUCUUGGUGUUGAGGUCCACCCCCUUGGCUUCACGACCAACUUCGGCAACAUCACCUUCGAUGUGUGGGACACUGCUGGUCAGGAGAAGUUCGGCGGCCUUCGUGAUGGUUACUACAUUAAUGGGCAAUGUGGUAUUAUCAUGUUCGACGUGACCUCUCGAAUUACCUACAAGAACGUUCCCAACUGGCACCGUGAUCUGGUCCGUGUCUGUGAGAACAUCCCCAUCGUUCUGUGCGGUAACAAGGUCGAUGUGAAGGAGCGCAAGGUCAAGGCCAAGACCAUCACUUUCCACCGAAAGAAGAACCUCCAAUACUACGAUAUCUCCGCCAAGUCGAACUACAACUUCGAGAAACCAUUCCUCUGGCUGGCCCGCAAGCUCGUUGGCAACCCUCAGCUAGAAUUCGUUGCUGCUCCCGCUCUUGCACCCCCCACUGCCGUGGUCGAUGAGGCACUUCUCAAGCAGUACCAGGAGGAGAUGGACAGCGCUGCUCAGCAGCCCCUGCCUGGUGAGGAUGAGGAUGAUGACUUGUAAAUGAGUUACGACGAGAGGACACAACUGGUGGACUACGAGGAUUAUGGUAAUACUUUAAGUUCGGAAAGACAAGGGGGCUGCUUGUGCGGGCUAAUGCAGAACGGCUGCGUACGCUCUGAGUUGGGGUCGAUAACCUUUCAUGGCCGUUGAUUUCAGAUGCAUGGCUGCAUUUGCAGCUUUCUAGAUAGCAACCCCCCCAAAUAGACAGUUAUAUGAGAAGGAAUUGCAGUCUACUAUUACGUACAUAGGUGUUUCGCCUUAUAGACAUUUGUGCAAUAUGAAAAUAUACUGCCAACCCCGAA